UUUUUGGAGACUUUUGCACAAUUUUCGUUCUUGGCCAUUGUGCUGUGCCAGAAAAAGACGUUGUGGACUCCUGUAAGGCUUCUUCAGGGAACCUCUCUUUAUCCCAUUCAUCAUGUCUGAUAAGCCAGUGCGUGUGUACCAGGGCGUGCGAGUGAGAACCACGGUCAAAGAGCUGCUGCAGAGGCUGAGAGCUGAGAAGGAGGCCAACAGAAAAAAAGUGAAGACGGUAACCUCCGCUUGCUUGGAGCGCCAGGAACUUUCGUCCACUUUUCCAAGUCACCAUGUGGAUCCGGUCCGCGCGCCCCCCCCUGCCGACGGCCCCAGGGCCCUACAGCUGCGGGCGGCCCCGUUCCCUGUCAGCUCCUGUAACAGCCAGCUGCAGGAGAGCACCUACAUCGACUGUCAGCAUCAGCUCUGGGAUAUGUUGCCCGGCAACGGAUACAGUGGCAGCAGCACAAACAACAUCAACAACAACAACAACAACAACAACAAUAAUAAUAAUAACAACAUCGGUGGCGGCGGAGGCUUCAGCGGCUCCUUGCCUCCUCCUCCCACUCUGCCACUGCCCUGGUGGCACGGACUGUCCUCAGAUGCGGACUACUAUGGUCCGGAAGUGGCUGUCUGCUCCACACCGGAGUCACUGAAGCUCUGCAGCCCCAUGGAUCACAACAGCUACUCACCGCAGGACUCUUUCUCCUCCUCCUCUUCCUCUUGCUAUGACUCGCCCAGCAGGUUGGAGUCCAGCAGCUAUCCCAGCUUCACCCCAGAGCACUACCACUACCAGCAGUGCAACCUUCAGGACUGUUACUGUCUGCCUCCCUUUUGGACAGGCCAGCAGGAGAGCCUCUCUGCCCCUGAAUACACAACAUACUACAGUGCCACAGACUACCCCUAUGCCUGCCCGGUCGACGAGAACUAUUUCAAAAAAGAUUUCCCUGUGAGCUCUGAAAUGUGCUACAAUAUACUAUGAUGAGGCCUUCAGCAGUAUUGUUCCUCUUCUGCCUGUAAAUAUGAUUCAUUUCAAGUACUCAAAGCUUCAUGAGGUUUGCUUGAUGGUCCACUUGUGUUUGUGCUUUGCUGCAAGUGAAAAUGAUAGAUGCUGAAAGGAUGGAAAAGCUCAUAUUUUUGUACCAAUGACCCUUUGUUUUUUACAAUUAAGAUUUAUUUUCGUAACUUUUUGCUGUACUUAAUAAAAUUUGUAUAUAAACUG